UUUUUUUUUUUUAUUUCCUUGGGGAACUCCUGAUUUGUUUUGUUUCAUUUUUUUGUGUGUUUUUCUUUUUUCUUUUUUUAAAUUUGUGUUUUUUAUGCUGUUGGGGUUAGGGGAUGUAGUUGUUGUUCCCUUUUUUUCUUUUUUCUUUCUUUUUUUUUUUUUUUUUUUUUUUUGGCUGCUGUUUGAGAUGUGUUUGUUUGUAAUGAGUUUUUGUCGUUGUUGCUGUUGGUUGGUUGUUUUAUCAUAGUAUCCAAUAUCCAUGUGUGUUGAUUGUCUGCCCCUGCAGGGUCAGUUUAAUGGUAGAAUAAAAUCUUGUGUAUGACUAUAAUAUGGUGACAUCAACACGACUUUGUUCUAAUAUGCAUUCAUUGUUCAGACAACCUAUCAGGAUUCUGAUGUGCACAGUAUCGGAUAUAUGUUAAAUAUGGAUAUCCAUAAAUAUGAAUACUUUCAGUCCAUAUGUAUUAAACACACGUAAAUUUGUGUAAUUAUCAAGAUUUGCGCCAUAAAAAAUAAAUAUUUUCAAUAUGAAAAUACUUGUGCGUUCAUUGAAUUCAAGAUAAUUUAACAUCGACUUUAUAAAAAUCAGCAUGUGUUGCAAAAAAUAUGCAUAUUGAGUGCAACGGGUAACGCAAUGGUGAAAAUUUUGUGCUUCAGUAGUCAUCUUUCAGACUGCAUAUUUCAGUGUGUAUCGCAUAAUGAUACACAACUUUGCAUUCCAAGCAUCCUUGAAAGAUUAAUGUACAUUUAUUUACUAAUCACCGGUCACAAAAUAAUCAGAUAAUGAAUAAGAACACCAAAUUGUCAAUUUGAGCGUCUGGUUUUCACAUACCGCGCCUCUGUUUUGACCUAAAUUAAAAAACGAGUGUGAGCUUCUACGCCUUCUAAAUGCCUCAACACAAUACUCGAUAUAUCUGAGAAUCGAAUCAUAUUGAAAAUAUAUGUAACAUUUAUGUGCAAAGUAUGACAAAGCUAAAAAGGGUAUAACUGAGAAGCACAACACCAUUCAUUUUGUAAACAAAUCUGCUUGUCGAUAUUUUCUGCUGUGGAUGCUUUCUCAGACGUCCGCGCUUUCGUUAUAAAUACACAAACCGAUAAUACACCAGAGUUUUUCAUUCAAAUCGUGAGUUUGAGGAGAUACACAUACAGAGAAUUUGAGGAUGUCUGAGACGACAGCUGCAGAUCCAGCCCCCGAGGACCCCCAGCCUAAGGCAGAAAAGGCCGUGAAAGCGACCAAACCUGCUAAAAGUCCAAAGAAGAAAUCUGCCAAAUCGAAGAAUAAGACUCCUUUGAAUCACCCGCAUUACCGGGAUAUGAUCAAAGAUGCAUUGACCAAUUUGAAGGAGAGGGGAGGCAGCUCUCGACAGGCUAUUUUGAAGUAUAUUAUGAAGAAUUUCAAAGUGGAUGAUGAGAAGUCGGCCAACAAUCAUCUGAAAAUGGCCUUGCGUGCCGGUGUGAAAAAUGGCAGUCUGAGACAAUCUAAAGGUACGGGUGCCUCCGGGUCAUUCAGAUUAGGAGAAACUAAAACCAAAUCAAAGCCCAAGAAAGAGAAGGCCGUCAAACCUAAAACAGAGAAGAAAGUGAAAAAGAAGCCAAAAGUGAAAGCCAAGGCUGAAAAGAAACCCAAAAACAAAACGGAGAAGAAAGCGAAAUCACCAAAAAAAGCAAAGGGAACAAGCAAGCCCAAAAAGAAAUCGCCCAAGAAGGCAGCCACAAAAAAGUGAAUCUCCAAGUUAAGGAAGUGAUUUGACAGACAUUAAUAGUGCAAUAUGACGAUUAUGUUUAUUUUUAUGUUGUCUCAUUUUGGACACAUCAAUGAAGGACCAAACAUGAAAGGUAUAUAAAUAGGCUAUAUACUGAAAAUGCAAGUGUGCACCAUUCAGUUGUAAUGUAACAGUAUUGUAGAGCGAUACUCAUUGCAUUAAUCAUGUUAAAUAUUGUUUAUGUAUAACUAUGUUUAUUUGUGUGUGCUUUUCAUGUUUUUACAUUUACUAUGUACAUGUAACAAUAUUGUUGACAUUAAAUACAGAUCACCUGU